UCUCAGAUAUAGCAAUCUGCUUUUGAUAAAUGCCUUUCUGAAUAGAACAUAAUUAAAAGUAUUCCAAAUUAAGAACAAAAUAGGAAAACAGAUGGGAAAUACCUAGCAUUAAUUAGGCACACAGCAGCAGAUGGAAAGGACAGCAUCUUAACUGACAGUUCCACGUGUCUCUCUGAGAUAACUUAUGCAGUGAUCAAACUAUUCUUUCCACUGCCUUUCUGAAGUGACUGCUAACCACUCUGGACAUCACCUCCCAACUGUUCCAGGUUCCAAAAUGAAGCACGUGUCAAGUUUCCUCUUUUGCUCACUGGUGCUGCUGGUGAAACUUUGCUGUUAUCUUGAAGUAGCUGCUCAAGAAGAUACUCAGCCCCCUAGGGGAUCCUGUGCAAACUGGAUGGCAGGAGCUCCAGGUUACCCAGGCCACAAUGGAAUUCCAGGGAGAGAUGGACGAGAUGGGAAGGAUGGUCAAAAGGGGGAGAAAGGGGAUCAAGGUGCAACUGGCCCAAAAGGAGACAGUGGAAAUCUAGGAGCUAUUGGUGCCGAAGGCCCUCGAGGAGUAGCAGGACUAAAUGGACUCCCAGGAAUGAAAGGGGAAAAAGGUGACAGUGCCAGCAUGUAUCGAUCUGCCUUUAGUGUGGGUUUAACCACUAGAGUCCCCCACCCCAGCAUUCCCAUCAAAUUUUCAAAGGUCUUCUACAAUGAGCAAAAUGCCUAUGACACAACAACAGGGAAGUUCCGGUGCAGCAUCCCCGGCGUGUACUAUUUUGCAUACCAUCUUACUGUGUAUGUGGCAGAUGUUAAAGUCAGCUUGUACAAAAAGGACAAAGCAAUAAUAAUCACCUAUGACCAGUUCCAGACAAACAAUGUUGACCAGGCAUCUGGUUCUGUUUUGCUCCAUGUGGAAGCUGGGGAGGAAGUGUGGCUUCAGGUGUAUGGAGAAGAAGAAAACAAUGGUGUCUAUGCUGAUAAUGUUAAUGAUUCUACUUUCAUGGGAUUCUUGCUCUACCCAGACUUGGAUUAUGUGCCUUAGAAUGUUGUGGCAAAGAGGGAGGAAUGGCCAAGAGUCCUUUUGGAGGCAGAUAACAUUUUUCUAAUGCACCACUAGCAUGUGGUCAACACCAGAUUACACAAUGCAACUGAUGAAUUUAGGCAGACUAGUUCACACAUGCAUCUGUAUUGCUUGGAAACUGUGAGCACUUGGUAACAUGGGGGAGGUGAUCAAUUUCGAUAGAUUGGUUCACACAUGCUUCUUUAUUGUUCAGUAAUUGCAAUAUCAUGUGAUGACCUGUAUGUGUAAAUGGGCCAUUGAAGAUAUAACCCCACAAACAAAGCUUUCAUAUUACCUAAACCACAAUGCUUUUCAAUGGUGUCAGUUCAUACUUUCAACGGGCUAUCACUAAGUAUGUGGUGAUCAAGUACAGAUAAAUCAGGUGAUGUACAUGCAUGAGUGAAUCAGGCAUCAGUUUGCAGUGAUCCAAGAUAAUUAUCCAGAUUGCUGACUUUUGUAAUGAGUGCUGUUUACUUAGGGUUUGGCAAAUAGGAGUUUCGUAAAUAGGAGCCUAGGAGAUAGGAGCUUCUACUACCACAUCAAUGAUGUGGUAGUAGAAUCAUGGUUGACAUGAUGCACAGUGGUACAGUUCUGCUGCACACCACACUGGGGCCUUUGCAGACUCAUAAGCAGCCCCAAUGUUACAAAGAACGAGCAAUUGCACAAUCAGGGAACUGCAGUGACUCCCUCCGUCAUAAGUGAGAGUAACUAUGGUAGUGCUGAUCGCACAACUCCUCAUUCCCUGCAGUGUCAGGGUCUUACAAGUCCACCACAGUCCCACGCCAUGCCACACCACUGAGCAUCAUGUCAGCUAUUGUUCUGUGCUAAUAGAAGCAUGACAGCAAUUAGUGCUCGGAACAUCAUAAUAAUACCAAGGCUUUCAGAAUGUGUUCUCAUUCAGCUGAGUUGCCUUCUCAGCUGUAUUUUAAUAUAUGUCCCUGUUUCUUUAGUUUUUCUGUUUGGCUUCUCCAAGCCAGCAUACAGUAAAUAAAUAAUAUUGUUCACAGAGUUCUUUUUUUGGUGUUUCUUUUGUCCUGAAAGCAGAUUGCUCAAAGAAAAACUGAUAAAACAGAGUCUGGACCAAGUUUUGGGCAGUAUAGAAAUGUAAUAAACAAACAAACAAAUAAAUACCACGGUGUCUACAUUCGCAGUGAACCUUAGGCUAUAUGCUUCAUAUUAAUGCUUUUCAUAGCAUAUAUUGUUGCUAUUCACAAUCCAAAACUUUCAUGCUGGUUUUGUCCAUCAGCCCACCUUCCCUCACUGUUCUUUUCCCAUCCAUCACAUUAUAGAUACAGCCAUUACAAAACUGAUUUUCUUUUGAGAGAAUUCCUAUGCGUUUCCCAUGUGUUUUUACUUGUGUGUGGCAUUCACAUACCAUUUCUCUCCCCUGCCCCACCUGCACUCUCUGCCACACGCAAAGAUCUCUGGAUAGAAACUUGCCUGAUAGUCUUCCUUUAUGAUAACAAGAAAAAAAUUGUGGAAUGUUUUGUUUUCCAGACAGUUUGCCCAAAGCUAACCACAUAUCUAAAUCCAUCAGAAAUGGCCUUACUAAGAUAAAAUAUCCUAAAGGCCAUGAAACGUAAAGAGAGAAAUGUCAGUGCUGGAUUUAGUAAAACUCAAUUUAAUGUUAGAUUUGAGAGCGCUGAACACAGUCAGCACAGGAGGCCCCACUGGGCAUAGUAAUGUAAAAAUAAAAAAUAAGAACACUACACUGAAGUCCAGUAGGACUAGAGUCAAUGAAAGCCUAUCAUGAUUUUGGAGAACAAUUGAAUUAUUGAAUAAUUGUGAUGUAGAACACUAAUUAGAGCUUGCAAUGGAAGGGAAUCACACUAAUAUAGCUCUCACACUUAUUUUCUAAAACUAAGCUAUAUGGGGAACAGAACCAAAGCUCAGUGGUAGAGCAUCUGCUUUGCAUGUAGAAGGUUGCAGGUUCAGUCCCAGGAUCUCCACUCCAGGUAGGAAUAGGAAAGACUCCUGGCUGAAACCCUGGAGAGCUGGUGUCUAUCAUUUUAGCCAUACUGAGUUAGAGAGGCCAAUGUAUAAAAUAGCUUCCUAUGUACAUAAGGUUAGAAGUGAGAAUUCUAAAGCAUUGCUCUUAGCACUGAAGUAAUCUCUUCUGGCCACUAGAGGCAUGAUGAGAUCUGUCAGUCAUUCUUCAUUUCGAUCUUUGACCAAUACCAGAACACCUAAGACAAUGGUACAAUUAAACAUAUCCAUAUUAAUAACAUAUCUGUACAUUGGUUUCAACCAUUAGUGAGCAGACAUCACACUUGUAUUGCAGAACAGCAGAAUAGGCAUGAUGUGAUGUUAAUAGGUCUGUCCUGGCCAGUUAGAAUGAGUUAGAACUGUUCUGUUGUUGAAGGCUAGUGCCUGUUUGGGUAUGUUGUUCUAUGUCUUUCUCAUAAUGUGAUGUUUUAGUUUCUUAAUAAAUCUUUGCUUUUUGAACUCAA